UGUUUACAGUAAAAGUUGCAUUCAAUGCAUUAGAAUGGAAUGACAGGGUCGUAACCUAGCAACAGCAGCAAUUAUUGUUUAAGAGACCUAACUGUUUUUAUUUCAGUGUUUACUGAUGAAGACAUUUUAAAGCCCAUUUUCUGGAUAGGAAGGUUUAUGGACUGUGUUUGGCUCCAUGUCUGAACUGGAGGUGCUGAGACUGUUGAUGAAACAGAGACUCCAUGCGGCUGCUGAGGAGAUUUUUGGGCUGUUUGAGAAAACUAGAGCAGAUUACGAGGAGCAAAACCAGCGACAACACAAACUACUGGACGAUGUUGUCAACCCUAAAGUUCAGCUACACGGAUCAGAUGUCCAGCAACUGUUGGUGAUUAAAGCCGAUUUUCCCCCUGAGUGGAGCCCCGGCCUGGACCAUGAGGACACAGACCCCCUCCACAUAAAAGAGGAGCAGGAGGAAGUCUGGAUCAGUCCGGAGGGAGAGCAGUUCAAUGGGCUGGAGGAGGCUAACAUCGCCCGCUUCCCUUUCACUCCUGUUCCUGUGAAGAUUAAAGAUGAAGAUCGGUCUUCGCAGCUCCAUCAAAGCCCAACGCAGGACAACAGAGAGGCAGAGCCUCCCGCCAGCUGCUCAGCUACGCAGAUAAAAACAGAAACCGAUGGAGAGGACUGUGGAGGAUCAGAACCAGCCAGGAACCCAGAACCAGAUACUGAAUCACAACCAGAUACCGAUGAUGAAAGGGCUUCAGACUCUUCUGACACUGAACUCAGUUAUGAUGAUUGGCAAAAACCUUUGUCCGAUUCCGGAUCCGAAACCGAAGACAGCGAUUGGAUGGAGACCAGGGCACCUGAGCCGGCUGCAAAUGCUCUGAAACUUAAGGAAGUCCCUUUAAGUGAUGAGGGAUGUAACGCUGGCAAAAAAUCCUUUGGCUUCUUUAAGUGUAGUAGAAGAUUUUACUACAAGGGAUGGCUUCAGGGACACAUGAAAUGUCAUUUUGGAAAGAGGUCUUCUAGAUGUUUGGUUCCUAAGAAAUGUUUGAGAGCGAAGCAAAAGGUGGAUUCACAGACCAGAGUCCACACAGGAGAGAAACUAUCGGGUUGUGAUGUUUGUGGGAAAGUGUUAAAAAGGAAGGCAGAUCUUCAGCGACACAUGAGAGUCCACACAGGAGAGAAACCAUUUGGUUGUGAUGUUUGUGGGAAAAGAUUUAAACAGUUAGCACAUCUUAAGACACACAUGAGAAUCCACACAGGAGAGAAAUCUUUUGGUUGUGAUGUUUGUGGGAAAAGAUUUACUCACCAGUCAACUCUUAAGAGACACAUGAGAAUCCACACAGGAGAAAAACCAUUUGGUUGUGAUGUUUGUGAGAAAAGAUUUACUCACCAGUCAACUCUUAAGACACACAUGAGACUCCACACAGGAGAGAAACCAUUUGGUUGUGAUGUUUGUGGGAAAAUAUUUAAACAGUUAGCACAUCUUAAGACACACAUGAGAAUCCACACAGGAGAGAAAUCGUUUGGUUGUGAUGUUUGUGGGAAAAGAUUUACUCACCAGUCAACUCUUAAGAGACACAUGAGAAUCCACACAGGAGAAAAACCAUUUGGUUGUGAUGUUUGUGAGAAAAGAUUUACUCACCAGUCAACUCUUAAGACACACAUGAGACUCCACACAGGAGAGAAACCAUUUGGUUGUGAUGUUUGUGGGAAAAUAUUUAAACAGUUAGCACAUCUUAAGACACACAUGAGAAUCCACACAGGAGAAAAACCGUUUGGUUGUGAUGUUUGUGGGAAGAAAUUUACCAGGAAGGCAAAUGUGAAGUCACACAUGAGAGUGCACACAGGAGAGAAAUAGUUCUUUUCAGUCUGUUGUGAACGAUUCAUUGUGUAAAUGUGUUGUUAAGAACCACAACAGUUUUUAUCAUCUUUUAUUGUUUUGAUGUAUUUUACAUUUGUCUUUCUUUUGUGUUCUGGGUUUAAAAUCUGUAAAUUGUUUUAAAUGUUCCCUUUGUCAAAGUUGUGUUUUACAGCUGCAA